AUGCGCGAGCGGCCUAUGCACCUGUUCAUGUGCGUUGCUCUGUGUGUCAGUUUUGUGGUGGUGAUGUGGUGGCUGCUCAUGUGGUGCAGGCGCCGUCACCCCCUGUCGGAGGAACAGCUGGCGCGCCUUCUGGGACCGCUCUCCAAGCCGUGGUCUGUGCUGGUGCAGCACGAAGGCGCCGCGGACCGCCUGAGCAAGGUGAUACUGGUGGAGGAAUGGCUUGCGCGGUGUUCUAGCAGAGGCACCCCGGUGACUGAGUGCAAGGAGCCGCUGCUGCUCUCGCCGCACAUGCUCCCGUCGUGGACUCUGCACGUCGUGGAGGAGGGCUGCGCGGACUGCACGGACCAGCAGACUUACGCCAGCGCUGUCGAAGGCGUAGUGCUGCAGGCGCGCCACGCCGUGUUCGCGACGUCGGCUGCCCCGCUGGGCCGUGUCGGGCCGAUGCUGCUGGCGAUGGCGAGCGUGACGGACGACGUGGAUGUGCGCGCGGAGCUGCCGCAGUGGGAGUGGCUGCGGCACGUGCACGGCAGCGGCUUUCCGGCGGUGGGUGGCGCGGCUGGGGGGUGUGAUACUGCCGAUAGCAAGCGCAUCUGUAUCGCGACGUCUCUGCCAGAGUGGACGCACCCAGCCUUUCUCUCCAUUACGCACCUCAACACGAUUCAGACCACGAUCUUCGAGACAGCGUUUCACACCUCGCAGAACAUGCUGGUGUGCGCGCCGACGGGUGCGGGUAAGACGGUGUGUGCGCUGCUUGUGAUGCUGCGGUGCAUCAGCGAGCACUUCGAGGGCGGUGUACUACAUCGAGACUUCAAGAUAAUUUUUGUUGCCCCAAUGAAGGCGCUUGCUCAUGAGAUGGUUGAGAACUUCUCGCGGCGCCUAGCGCCGUUCAUGAUGAAGGUGCGCGAACUUACGGGCGACAUGCAGCUGACCAAUCGGGAGCUGGCGGAGACGCAAGUAAUUGUGACAACGCCGGAGAAGUGGGAUGUCAUCACCCGCAAACAGAGCAAUGAGGAGCUGGUAAGCCAAGUGCGGCUCAUCAUCAUGGAUGAGAUUCACCUGCUGAACGAAGAGCGCGGUCCUGUGUUGGAGGCGUUGGUCGCGCGC